AUGGUUCUUUGGGCAUCACUGUUUUGUGUUCUUCUUCUGCUAAUAAGUUCUGCAAAUGAAGUCUCCAGUUAUGGAGAUAAGGAACUUCUUCCUUUGGAAAGAUUUCAGUGGGCACAGCCAGCCAAGAAAAGGGAUUGUUUCUCUCAAAAAUCGAGGACACGGAAUGGAGCAAUCAUAUUGGAAAUGAAGCACCGAGACCACUGCUCAGGACCAGUUAGAGACUGGACACGAAUGCUCCAGAGACGCUUAAUUGCUGAUAAUAUUCGUGUUAGGUCUCUACAGUCUCAAAUCAGAAAAAUAGUUUCCAGCAGAACAGACUCUCUCUCACAAACUCAGAUUCCUAUUACCUCAGGUGUCAAGCUACAGACUCUUAACUACAUAGUUAUGGUCACACUAGGCAGUCGAAAUAUAACAGUGAUAGUCGACAGCGGGAGUGAUCUAACAUGGGUUCAGUGCCAGCCUUGUAAGACAUGUUACACCCAACCAGAACCUCUCUUCAACCCCGGACUAUCCCAUUCUUACCAGUCAGUUCAAUGCAAUUCACGAGCCUGUCAAUCUCUACAAUAUGCCACGGGCAACUCGGGCUUAUGUGGAAAUAACCCACCAACUUGCAACUACCUUGUUACCUAUGGUGAUGGGUCCUACACUCGCGGUGAACUAGGUCAAGAUAACCUGGUUCUUGGAACCACCCCAAUUGAGAAUUUUGUUUUUGGAUGUGGACGGAAUAAUAAAGGCCUCUUCGGGGCAGCUUCAGGCCUAAUGGGACUUGGAAGGAGUGAUCUCUCAUUGAUUUCUCAAACUUCUCAUGUAUUUGGAGGAGUUUUCUCCUAUUGCUUGCCGGACACUGACUCCGAGGCUUCGGGUUCACUAAUACUCGGGGGUGACUCAUCAGUUUACAAGAAUUCUACACCCAUAUCUUACACUAGAAUGGUUCCAAAUCUGCAGCUUGACACCUUUUACAUUCUUAACCUAACUGGAACUAGCAUAGGUGGGGUGGCUGUACAAGCUCCAAGUUUUGGCAAAGGCAGUAUUCUUAUUGAUUCCGGGACUGUUAUCACCAGGCUUCCUCCAUCCGUUUACAGGGCUGUCAAAACUGAGUUUUUGAAACAAUUUUCAGGCUAUCCUCCAGCACCUGGGUUUUCAAUCUUGGACACAUGCUUUAAUCUCUCAGAAUAUGAAGAAGUUAACGUUCCUACAGUUAAGUUGCAGUUUGAGGGUGGUGCCGAGCUGAAUGUGGAUAUUACCGGGACAUUUUAUUUUGUCAAGAGCGAUGCAUCUCAAGUUUGUUUGGCUCUUGCAAGCCUAUCUUACGAAGAUGAGAUUGGUAUUAUUGGGAAUUAUCAACAAAGGAAUACAAGGGUCAUAUAUGACACCAAACAGAGCAUACUGGGAUUUGCCAAGGAGACUUGCAGUUUCACCUAA